CGAGACGAUGAUUUAUGGACACCUCUACAUGUUGCCGUUGAUUCUGGAGAUAAGAAUCUCGUCCAGGAGCUUAUGGACAGAGGUGACAACUUGGAAGCCGCUGCUGCAGACGGCAGAAAGCCCCUGCUGCUCGCUGCGGAAAGGGGGUUUGUGGACGUUGUUGAGUUAUUAACAAACGGUGCAUCCAUCGAAUCUGUCAACGAAACUGAUCACUCGACGGCCCUGAUCCGGGCGUGCGAGCAAAAUCAUGACGCAGUGGUCAAACUUCUCAUCGAAAAAGGAGCAAAUAUUGAGGCGAAACGCAUAGACGGUCAUACGCCUUUGCUCAUCACGGUAGCAUCAGGAAACAAAGACCUGGUUCAAUAUCUCCUACAACACGGAGCAGACAAGGCCGAAAAGUCGGAAGACGGAAAGACAGCC